ACGGCUGUUACAACUUCCUCACAUGAUUUUCUUGCGCGAGGGAAUGUGGCAGCGUUUUUUGCCCGGCAGAGAAGGACUCACAAUGACUACGCGAGUUCAAAUGUUAUCGAAAGAGCAACCUUAUCUCGGGAGACCCGAAGCAAUUAAAGUUUCAGGAGUUCCUGAGAAUCAAAGAACGUUGUGUUGAUCUUGCAAAACAGGUUGGAUUUGAAGAAGUGGAGAGUAAGGAUGGUGAAGAGCUGCUUGAGUCCCACUGUGAAGACCUGUCUACAGCAGGUCUACAACAACUUGGUCUCGAGGGAGAAGUGGAAGCAGAAGAUGAAAUCCAGGAUGCAGCUCCAUGAGAGCUUUCCACUUCUUUUUUGUCUUCUAUUCUGAGGGAAAUUGAGAACCAGUUGUAGCUCUUAGAGGACAAUGAUUACAGUGCAGAACACGGCAGGGUAGCAAUCCGUGAAAUAAGAUCUUAUUUGGCACCCUUUGAACAAGUCCUUCAUGAAAGAAGAAAAAGGACAAAGCAACAAAAACUAUCUCUGAGCAAAAAACUGGAUGCCAAGAAACAGUCAGAAGACAAUGAACCAUUCUGGAUUAACUAUUUUUUGCCCUAACCUUGCAACCACAACUGCACUAGAAGGUGAUGUUGAAGAUGACGACCCUCAGACCCUGCAUUAACAACAGCGCAAUCUCAAAACAUCCUUCCCCCAUCAACUCAUCUUGACAUUUUUUCAUGCAAAACACCAUGUCAAUGGAAAUAGGACAGUUGACCCAUUCCCCGAAGGACUACAGAUGGUCGUGUUUGGUAUGGGUUGUUUCUGGGGUGCUGAGAGAAAAUUCUGGGUUCGAAAAGGUGUUUAUUCCACUCAGGUUGGAUAUGCUGGUGGAUUUACCCCAAACCCAAACUAUAAGGACGUCUGUUCAGGGAUGACUGGCCACGCAGAAGUAGUGAGAGUUGUGUACCAUCCAGACAAAAUCUGCUUUGAAAAACUGCUCAAGGUCUUCUGGGAGAGCCAUGACCCAACACAAGGUAUGCGGCAAGGAAAUGAUGUUGGCACACAGUACCGGUCGGUCAUUUACCCAUACACACAGGAGCAGAUGGCUGCAGCUCUGAAAUCCAAAGAGGCCUAUCAGAAGGAAUUGAAUAGAAGUGGGCAUGGUCAAAUCACAACUGAGAUCCGCGAGGCUCAAGUGUUCUACUUUGCCGAAGAUUACCACCAGCAGUACUUGGAUAAGAACCCAGGUGGUUAUUGUGGAUUGAGUGGCACUGGGGUAUCUUACUCAACUGGUAUUCAGAAGUAGAACAGCACACUGAUAUAGUGGCUAACAGAGCCCCAAUUUCCUGUUAUUGACCUGUUUCACAGAUGAUAGGGUAGAAUUUUUCUUUAAUCUGGGACAAAAUACUGGCAGGAGUGGAUUCACCGCCUGUUGUCCGCUUCUUUGAAACCUAUCCUAAUAUUUUAUAUCUGCAUUCAAAUUCAUGUUAAGAAAUCCCAAUAAACACAAAGUUGAAUCAAAACACAUAAUAAUUUUCCAGUGUUUGCUCUUACUACAUGCCUUAGGUGAGAACUUUAGAAGUUUUAAUUAGUGAGGGUCAGCCUCAAAAUAUUUUUUCAUCUAUAUAUGUGUGUGUAUAUAUAUUUUAUACAUAUAUAUAUAGAUUAUUAUAUUUUAUUCCCAUUAUCACUGACCUUUGUGCAAAUGUGUUAUUCCGCAAAAAUGAAUGAGAAUAUGAUGUGUUUUCAGCAUUAGUGGAAAUAAUUUCUUCUGUGUAUCAUUUUUAGCAAGGCCAUGACAGUGAAAGUAAAAAGUCGAUGUUUCCAAAUUUGUAACAAAGAACUGAUAGAAAAAGAGCCAGGGCAAGAAUCUCACUUUUUACAUCAUAGUUGUGAUUAAGUACCAGAAAUUAAAAUGACUUGUAGCACAUCACAGGAAAUUAAGUAUGAAUUGUUUACUCCAAGUGGAAUCAUUUGAACAUUAAUAGAAUUUGAAAAAUCCUGGGUAGUAAAAAUAAUUUGAAGGCCUGUUAGCCUGGAAAAUGAUAAAGUUUUUACCUAUUUUUCAUGAGAAAGAUAAAAUACCAGGACACAGGCUACUAAAAUUCCACAAAUUAAGAAAGUUUUGCUGCCAAUACCUGCUUACUAGCGCUAUCCACAAAACAAGAAGUAGUUAAAUAAAGCAACAUCAGUCACAAUAGCAGUAAAAUCACUGCAUGUUUUGAAUGCUACUAAAUUGCGUAGGUGCUGUCGACUGGGGAUUUUUCACAUUUCCAUUUCAGCACCAGGUGAUAACAUUUUGUAUCAUUUACCUAAAAUUGAUACAUGGAGCUAAAGUAUUCUCUUCCAUCGUUAAGGGAUUGUUAGUUUUGAAAUUUAUAUCAGUUCCUUCAGCUUUCUUCUCUACACCUGCAAUAAUUUCUGAUCUUUGUAUUUUAAAAACUCCAAUAAACAUUUAACAUUUCUACUAAAAG